ACUCCGGAGCUUCGCCAGCCUAAUUUGGAAAGCGAGCUCGGCCUCCCGCACCAUCAUUGGCUGAGUUUAUGCCUGGCCAGGCCAAGUCGCACUGCGAUUGGCCUUGGCGGGUGCCGGUAACCUGCGCUAGCGGCUUUGGUUCCCCCUCACCAUAGAUGUCAAAGGCUGAAGCUGCUCCCUUUGCCACAUUAUAACUAGUAGAGGAUCUUCAUCGACCAUGGCCACAGCUGCCUCGAAUCCCUACAGCAUUCUCAGUUCCAGCUCCCUCGUCCAUGCGGACUCUGCCGGAAUGCAGCAGGGAAGUCCUUUCCGCAAUCCUCAGAAACUUCUCCAAAGUGACUACUUGCAGGGAGUUCCCAGCAAUGGGCAUCCCCUCGGGCAUCACUGGGUGACCAGUCUGAGCGACGGGGGCCCAUGGUCCUCCACAUUGGCCACCAGCCCCCUGGACCAGCCGGACGUGAAGCCAGGACGCGAAGAUCUGCAAUUGGGCGCAAUCAUCCAUCACCGCUCGCCACACGUAGCCCACCACUCGCCCCACACUAACCAUCCGAAUGCCUGGGGAGCAAGCCCAGCUCCAAACUCGUCCAUCACGUCUACCGGCCAACCUCUCAAUGUGUAUUCGCAGCCAGGCUUCACGGUGAGCGGUAUGCUGGAGCACGGGGGACUCACUCCACCACCAGCCGCUGCCUCCACGCAGAGCCUGCAUCCAGUGCUCCGGGAGCCUCCAGACCACGGUGAGCUGGGCUCGCACCACUGCCAGGACCACUCGGAUGAGGAGACUCCAACCUCUGAUGAGUUGGAACAGUUCGCCAAACAAUUCAAACAAAGAAGAAUCAAGUUGGGUUUCACGCAAGCCGACGUGGGGCUGGCACUGGGCACCCUGUAUGGUAACGUGUUCUCGCAGACCACCAUCUGCAGGUUCGAGGCCUUGCAACUGAGCUUCAAGAAUAUGUGCAAGCUGAAACCCCUGCUAAAUAAGUGGCUGGAGGAGGCUGAUUCAUCCACAGGAAGCCCUACCAGCAUUGACAAGAUCGCCGCUCAGGGCCGCAAGCGCAAGAAGCGAACCUCCAUCGAGGUGAGUGUCAAGGGCGUACUGGAAACGCAUUUCCUCAAGUGUCCCAAGCCUGCAGCGCAGGAGAUCUCCUCGCUGGCCGACAGCCUCCAGUUGGAGAAAGAAGUGGUGCGUGUCUGGUUCUGUAAUAGAAGACAAAAAGAAAAAAGAAUGACUCCGCCAGGGGAUCAGCAGCCACACGAGGUUUAUUCGCACACAGUGAAAACUGACGCGUCCUGCCACGAUCUCUGACUGGAGAAAGCCCGGAGGUGGCCCACAGCACUGGGAGCAGUGCGGAUCAUUCUCACUCCCUUCCUUCCUUUCAUCACUACAUUCUUUAUUAUUGCUCUCUCUCUCUCUAGCUUGCUAGCUCUUUCUUUCUUUCUUUCUUUCUUUCU